AUGAAAAUCACUAUCGUGGAACUCCUGCUGAUCGCCGCCACGGCGACUGCUAUCGAAUGGACCGAUCUCCGUGUGACGUGGAAAUCACCGUCGCUUGAUCCAUGCCACUUGUCGAGCUAUUACCAGAUGCCCCGUACAAAAGCUGAUGCCAUUUCCGAUGGCUGGGUUGAAGUAUCAGGUGUCACUUCCUUGAAUUUGGCCGUGUAUUGCCGGGAAGGCGAUGGUCGCGUCUGUCUUGAAUACGAUACUUAUGGGAACAUUGCCGCUGUACAGGCGGCCAUACUCUACAGCGAUAUUGCAGAUCUGCAAUGUAAACACAAUUUAUCGAUAUACAACCAUUACCAGAUUAAAACAAUAUUCAACCAAAAGUACCUGGCCGGUACCGUUUACUUCAUAUCCCCAGAGAUUAUUGCAGCUGGUGGACGAUGCAAAACGAACGGUUUGACCGGUUCUGACGGAAUAUGGAUUGAAACAAAAGACGGAUACAUGAAAAUUCACAGAGAGAUAUCACGUUUGGAUUCUGCGUGGACGAAAGAAAACUGCGUUCCUACAAUGGGCACUCACUAUUUUUACGGCAUGGAUAAAUCUUCCGAGUGUUCAGCCCUCCAGCCUUGGUUCUUGUUGGCGCAAGAUGGCCAGCUGAGUGGCGUUGGACUUCAGGGCUUCGGUCAGACGACUUACAGAACUAGAAACUAUUACGAGACCAUUCCAUUGGCCUUUGUCAAAUCCGUAAUCCCGACGGCCCCAGAGUGUUUCAUGAAUUGGGCUGCGGAAUACGGUGUAAUUUCGAUGCAUAUUUACUUCUCUUCCCAGCCGUGGGAAAUCCAAUGUUAAUACAACAAUACAUGUGCAAUUAUGAUUCUCGAUUAAU